CUUAUAUACAUAUAUAUAUAUUUAUAUUUAUAUAUACACACACACACAUUAACAGACACUUUUCAGCUUCUCUCCUCUAAAGGAGGAGGUUAUAUUUGGUUGGGCAAAUCUGGGAUUUGUUUAUUUCUUUAUUCAUUGAGUAUUCGUGGAUAUUUUUCGUUGGGGUUGCUAAAGUUCAAGCAACAAUAUCCGCUCUUUUUCUAAAUGUAAUUAUUGCUAUAUAUAUUGUACCCCCUGAGCAAAAAGAAAAAAAAGAAACAAAGGGGUAAGCCCCAUCCAAAAGAAAAGAAAAAAAUACCCCGGUGAAUUUAGAAAAAAAAAAAAAGGGGGUCUUUUGCCCAUCCAGGCUUGUACCCUUAUCAUGCAGUCACCUGUAAUACCCCGACAUGUCCUGCGCUUCACGCAACUUCUUGGCAGGUUUAUGUCUCAAAGAAAACUUAGCAGCCAACCGGUGAAAUUACAAAAUGACAAAGUCGGGAGCCGUCUCAGCGAGAAAUACAUGAUCGUUGGUCUCGGCCAUGAUAAACUGUCAUUGACCAGACACAGUGUCGGUCUGCAGCUUCUUGACUGCUUGGCUGAUGAGCUGAAACUACAGUGGAAAGAUGACAAAGAAACCGUGGCAGGACAUGUUGCUGUGAGUAAACUCGAUGAUGUCAGCCUUAUUCUCCUGAAACCACAGAUUCCAAUGAUGGUAAAUGGAACCAGUGUUUCAAAAGCAGCUCGUCAUUUCGAUGUCCCCCCAGAGAAUGUCUACCUCAUCCAUGAUGACAUUGGUCGCAGAAUGGGGAAGAUUGCUUUGAAGAAUGGAGGCUCAGCCAAUGGACACAGUGGUGUGAAGUCUGUGUUGGAUGCAUUGGACUCUGAGAAAUUGACAAGACUGAAAAUUGGCAUUGAUCGUCCAGCUGCAAAAGACCAGAUUGGAAUGUACCUCCAGGAAGAAUUUUCACCUGAAGAACAAGUCAUACUGGAUUUAGUUAUGGAUCUUUGCUUGACGACUUUGUGUCAGCAUCUGAAAGAUAAGACGGGAGUGGAUAUGAACGAUUUGAAACCAGCCAAUAAAACUUAACAAUGUCAAACAAACAAACAAAAAAACAAAAAAACCCAGUGAUUUGCCUUUUGAAGACGUCUUUAUUUCUUUCACUCUCUCUUUCUCUCCCUUCUUUUUACUCUUUCCUCUCUCACAGUUCUUUUUUUCUCUUCUGACAACGAUAGAUAAACGAAGACGUGUGGUAUUUUUCAUUCUUUUUAAGUCUGUAACCUUAUUUGCUGAUAGAUAAAAGCAUAUUUAUACUUUUAUAUAGUAAAUAGACUGAAAAGCUAUAACCAGAUAUUUAGACAUACAUAUAUAAAUAUAUAUGUGUAUAUGAAUGCAUUUGCACGUGCAUACAGAUACAUAUAUGCACACAUAAAUACAUAGACAUAUGUGCAUGUAUGGAUACAUAUAUAUAAAUGCAUAAUAGACAUACAAACACGUUGAUUCUACUUAUCUCUCUGUAGACUAAAAAAAACGAUGAACAACCUUAAUCGAUUCUCUAUCCUUAUUGAGGUCUCAUCAGUGAUGUUUAUAUCACUU